AUGGAGAAAGAUAAACCCCCACAGUUGGUGACCCCUGCAUCAGUGAAAGCCAUCAUCUCAAGGAUUGAGGCUGCCCAGCUAACUCGGGCUCAGGAGAAUAUUUCUUCCCAGCUCUCAGAAAUCUUGGACAAUGUCAACUGUGUCAUCAACCGCUUCCAGGAAGAAUUAGGAUAUGAUUUAAAAAAAAAGGCGAAACGUCCCCAGCCAGAGCCAAAGGGCAAGAACAGAUUCAUCUUGCUGGAGAAAAUUUCCUCCUUCUCCAAAGAUGCUAAGACUAAAGAGAAGCACUUGUAUGAAAUUCUUCACUGGCUAGGUGACUGGGGUGACAGCCUGACCUAUGAGAUCAAGAACAGGAAGAGUGAGGAGGAAGAGGAAGCCCUGGAUGAAUGGAUCGAGGUGAUGGAAAAAGUGUUACCUCUCUCCCUCAUAGCCACCAAAGGAGGCAUCGAGUCUCUCAUUUCCCUUUGCUCUACUCUCAUUGAAGGACAAAGGAAAGGGGCACAAAUGUCCAAACAUACCUUCUGGCAGGACUGGCAGGAACAGAGCCCACAAAAAGCGAUAUCCUGCCCUCAGCCCCUGAGCCCAGAGCAGAUGCUGCAGGACAAGCACACUACCUGCCUAAAGGUCUCCGAGGUGAAGUCCAUGUUACAGGAGCUCCUGGACUCCACCAUGUUCAACCAAGGGGAGGUUAGGGCCAUCAGGUACAUGUCUGCGGUGGUGGAGAACCUCAAUAAGGCCUUGAUCCUCCAGCACAAGGAGAACAGGAGCCUGGAGGCCAAAUACAGGCACCUGAAAAUAGAGAUGACCAAAGAGCUCGGCAGCCAGAAGCUGUACUUCCAGAAGUCCCUCCAGAUCCUCGAGAGUAAGAGAGAUGCCCUGCUAAAGCAGAUAGAAAUUUUAGGGGGCAAGUACCAUGACCUGCUCCUGAUAAAGCAUGCCCUAGAGUUCCAGCUGAAGAAGAUUCAGUCUGCUGGAGGUCAAGCAGAAGACUUAGUCAGGGUCUUGGUUGAGUUCCCAGACGCUGCCAAGAAAGAAGCCUUCCCAAAGAAAGACACAGUCAUGGAGGAGAUCCAACAAGAGCCCAAGAAGGAGGAGCAGUUUUCACCACAUUCCCCAAGCCCCAUGGCCAUGGCCUGGGACAGUGGUGCUAUGCCUUCAGCAGAUCAGCCUCUCUCCACCAUGACUGUGGAUUCAAGGAUUGCAGAUGUGUACAGGAGCAAGGACGCUGAAAGUCUUCAGCCUGUGUUGCCAUCCUCCACGGAUCACAUGUUUCCUAAGAAAUGGGAAAGACUGUCAGCAGAAAGCCCAGGUGACAGAGCCAAAGACCAGGACUUCUCCCAGGAGGUGGCCUGGGAGAAGGAAGGACUCCAAAUUAAGUCCCAUUUUCAGAAGCAGCUGUCCCUAGAGAGGCCGAGGAAGUCGGCCUUGGAGAGCAAGGCAGAGGCCAGGGAAGAGGAGCUCAGCCGGGAGAGGCGGAGGCAGCUGUGGCAGCAGGAGGAGGAGAUGUGGCUGCAGCGGCAGGAAAGGUGGGCCCUGCUAGAGCAGGAGCACGAGGAGAAGCUGCGGCAGUGGGAGGCAGAGGAGGCGGCCAGGGAGCAGCGGCUGAGACUGGACCAGGAGCCCAAGGGCCCGUGGAGGGAGCUGGAGCAGCCAGGAGAGGACGCAGAGAGGAUGAUCUUUGUGCCCAGCAGUCGCUGGAGGGACUCGGAGGACGCGUCUUUGGCACCUCCCCCAAGCCGGGCCCAAUCUGCUCGCCAAGGCAGGAGGCCACGCGUGCCCAGGUCCCCUAAGACCCAGCAGCCCACCCCCAGAAACCAGAGGUCCCUGAGUUCAGCCGAGUUUACCCAGAAACCACAGGCCCACCGGCUUCCCAUGAAGCCCAAGAAAUCGGCCUCCUUUCCUGUCACGGGUACAUCCCCGCGAAGGGUGACCCAGCCCCCUGUGCAUAUAGCCCCAGUAACUCUGAAGGAGAAGGUAUACCAUAUAGACAUGGAGGCCCAGAGGAGGAAUCUGCAGCUCCUGACCGAGGAGGACAUGCUGGGGCUGCCCCACUACCUGCACAGUAAGGUGCUCGAGCUCACCACCACCACCAUGGAGCUGAAUGCGCUCAAGCUAUGGUGCCUCUGCCACAAGUACAUCUGCUACAGACACUUCCAGAGCCUCCGCCAAGACGUGAUCAACCAUAUACAAGUCGUGCGAGAAGCUGGGGCUUCCUACAAGGCCCAGAACCUCUUCCUCUUCCUGGAAAACGUGGACCACCUGCAGAAACUCCAGCUCCAGGUGUGGACAGACAAGCAGAAGGACCUGGAGGAGAAGCGCCGAGAGUGCCUGAGCAGCAUGGCGACUAUGUUCCCCAAGCUCCAGAAGGAGUGGAACGUUAACCUGCACACCCCUGUGGUCAUCUCCCCGAAGUCAAGGAAGAGCAAGCCGCCUCCAUUCCUACUGCGGCACAGCCAUUCCAGCAGCCCCUUCUGCAGGCGAUCCCAGGAGCUCUUUAAGACCAAACACCAGCCACGUGUGCCCCAGCAGAUGGCCUGCCAGCAGGGGAACCGGAUGGAGGCCAUGUGGAAAAUUGAUGUGGCUGCCUCCAGUUACCCCAUAGAAAAGAAGACCCCCGCCAGCCUGUCCUGGGACCAGCUAGGAGGUUUCCCAGACACUCCCCGCCUGUUGGCCCUGGAUGUGCAGUCCUCCUUCCACAAAAGCUUGAUGUCCCUCAAGGCCCGGCUCCUGCUGCCCCUGGGCUGGUGGUUGUGCUGCUGUCUGUGAAUUCUCUGUG